AGCAAAACUAAAGUUCAAUUUAGACUUUACGUGCACCUCUUAGACCUUGGUCGUUUCGAACCCUAAUAUACUACCGGCGUAAUUCCAAUUCUCGAUAACACUACAUAUUGUUAACGUGCUACAAAUGAGUAUAUUUUACGCCGUACAGAUGUGACAAAAGGCCUUAAGGGACUUCGAUGAUUUCUUGUGUUUUCUCAGAAGGUUCGCUUAUUGCAAGAUUCUGUACUUACCAGACUUUUCCCACAACCAUCCAAGGCCAUUAAAGUAAAUUAAAUCAAGGUUAGAUUUUUACUUUAUCGUAAUAUUCCCGCUCAACCUUGUAAUUCGCCGUCUCAUUGAUGCUCGAUACAAGCGUCGUAUCCCCCAACUUUAAACGUCAUCUAAUAAUACUCGAGUAUCCCAGCAACUCCGGUCCCUCCGUCACAGGAAUAAAUGUAUAAAUCUCGCGACCCCUCCCACUAUAGUCCUCAUUUACACAUCACAACCACACUGCAGCCCAACACCCACACAGUCCAAAACUUUCCACAAUGCGCUUCUCCAUCCUCUUCGUCGCAGCCACAAUCUUCGCUCUAGCCCUCGCCGGCAACCUCGACCCCCGACGUGACAUUUGCGGAAAGUUGACUCAACAACAGUGGCAAGAUUGCAUCGACAAAGUAACUCUCUCUUUCCAUACUGUUGUCGUUCUCGGAGCUAACUCGAAGUAGUGCAGGGCAUCAGAUAGCACAUUGUCGUGCGCGAAUGGCCAGUGUGUCUGCACGCCCAACAAUUAGAGUCCGGCGAGGGCUAGAUGAUGUUAUACUGUGGGUCGACAAUUGCUAUGAGGAAUGUUUUUGGAAAGCGGGAAUCUCGGAUGUUGUGUAUAUCGUGGAUGAAAUCUGUAGAUACAAUUGAGCAAUGCAAAUUAUCAAAACCCUGG